AUGUCUGUGCCAUUUAAGGUCGAGGCAUUGUUUCCAUACACCUCAGAUUUUGAGGAUGAUUUACCAUUUUCCAAAGGUCAGAUCAUUACGGUGCUUGAAAUAGAAGACGAUGAGUGGUUCUUUGGUGAGUUUAAGGAUGCUGAUGGUAAAACAAAGCAAGGUAUUUUCCCCAAAGGUUUUGUUAGUGAACCUUUGAAGGAAACUGCUAGUGAGCCUGCUCAAGAGAAGCAGCCAGAGGAGAAACCAAAUGUGGAAACUCCGGUCAAGAUUCCGGAAACACAGACUGUCAAUCCAAAUGCUGCAGCUGCAACUGCACCAGUCCAGAAGGGAAAGGUUUCUCAGGAUAAUGUCAGACAGUUGAGAAAUAGUCUGUCGUUUCAAGAAGGUUCUGGUGAUACUGAGAGGAGUGGUUUUGUUAAUAGCGAUGAUUUGGUAAAGGAGGCUAAGUCGGAAUCUAAAAUGUCCUUGCAGCAAAGGAUAUCCAUGUUACAGCAUAUGCAGAAACAACAACAGGAACAGGCGGAAACUUUGCAUAAGCGGAAAAAAAGUAUUUCUAGUGUGUCGUCCCCAACCGGCAGCGUUGCUACUGCUAGUGCAACUUCUCCAGUUAAUAUUGAAAAAAGGGAAAGUUAUGAUGCCUCUGUUAUUGAAGAUUCCGAUGCUGAAAAUCCAGAAGUUGAUGUCAGUACUUCUAGCAUUCACACAGCUCCACCAAUUCCUAAUGAUACUGCUUCAAUUGGCUCUCACCCUCAGCGUACCUACUCUAUUCCUGAGGAGUCAGUUAACGAGAAUGACGAUCGUGAUGAUAAUGAUGAAAAUGAAUCUUCUGAAGACGAAAAUGAAGAGGAACAAAGACGUGCUGCUUUAAGAGAAAAGAUGGCAAGACUAGCAAAUGCAAGUAGAUACGGUAUGCCUAAUGCGUACUUCAACCCAUUUGGAAUGCCAAUGCCUUCUGCUGACUCUUCGAAGACCCCAACCAAAAGCAAGAAACCAAAGGAAGAAUCUGAAAGUCCAACUGAAACGUCAUCUCUUCCAACAGCGGUUCCUGUCAUGCCAUUUGCCGACCCAUCGAUGCUGCCAAUGUUUAGGAAGAAGACUGAAGAAAUUGCUGUGGAAACUUCUGGUCAUGCCGAAACCCCAGAAAAUCAAGCUGACGAAGAAAGCGAAUCUAGCUUUGUAGAUGGAGUCGAUGAUGCUCAACCUGCUAUUACAGGUUCGGUGAAUUACGACAAAGACCCAGACUUCCAACAUAAAGAUGAAGUACCCGAGGGAAGUCAAGGCCUUUCUGGAUAUGAAUCCGAAGAUGAAACUACUAAGAAAGUGGAAGAUGAAGAAGAGGAGGCUCCGUCGCCAACUGUUCCUCAAAGAAUUAGGCCCACUCAUGUUUAUACAAUUGAUACUUCUCCGGGAUCCCCACAAACUCCACAAACUCCACAAGCUACUAACGCCCCACAAAAAUUGCCCGCAGCCCCUCCAAUUCCAUCUGCUCCUUCCGUCCCGCCAAUUCCAACAGGUGCACCAAUUCCUCCUGUUCCUUCAAGCGUACCUGUACCACCAUUACCAACAAAGGCUCCAGCACCAGUUUUAAGCGUUAAAACCGAAAACACUGAGCAGAAACUGCCAACAAAACAGCCCGCUGCUGCCCCUGCUCCUCCAGUACCAAGCAGUGGCGGCCCUCCACCAUUGCCUCCUUCUAAUGCACCGCAACGAAGACCUUCAAUUCAGACUAUUCCAGGUGCAGCAAACUCAUCACCAGCCACUCCUUCAUCUGCUGCUCCACAAAUUCCGGCCAGUUUCCAGCCAUUAAGACGGACAACUACGGCGAAAUUUGAACCAGGUACUAUUCCAGAAUUAGAGUUCUCAAAGCAAAGUACUUGGUGGUUAACUAAGACAGUUCAGGCUGAUACUGUUAAACCAAGCAAAGUAAAAUACAUCUGGGAAUCUCAGGAUCACAUAGUUGAAAGAAGGAAUACAAAUAAGUUGGUUGUCAGAGAUUUCCAGUUCUUGUUCGAAGAUUACUCUCAAAUUCAAGCAUAUGUUGUAUAUGAUCCAAAGAAUCCAAUUGAGACAGCAAUUUCCCAUCAGGACUAUAUUCCCUCCUCAUCACAAAGUACUGGUAGUGAUCUGUUAAUCAAAACAAUUUACGAAAACAGUAACAAAUGUGUUGGUAAAGCUUGUCAUUCAUUUAUUCCUCAAAUAUUGGGUCCAAUAGAUAAUCUAGUCCCACCAAUUGCUCAAAGAACUUACGGUAUCACCGUUUUUGAACAUGCUUAUAACACCGCAAUAGAUGAAGCUGCGCUAGGAAAAUUGGUACCAGGUUUGAUACUUGUUGCAAGAAACGCUGAAUUUACCUUUGACGAUGGUUUAACGUACAGCUUGGGAAUAGAAACGCCGUUUGUGGCCAUUCUAAAAUCUGUGGAUCUUGAAACUCAAUCUUUAUCAGUGAUUGAAGAGCUUGGUGGUGAGUGCAAAGUAUCUAUGUAUCCACUUGAAAACUUGACUAAAGGAAAGUUAAAGGUGGCCAAGCCAGUACAUCGCAAGGACAUUGGUUGGUAA